AUGGCUGCGCAAAUGUGUCAGUCGCCAGGCUUUUGGGGGGUCCGGUCGCCAAUCACCGUUCGCCUGCGCCUCUGGUAUCGUCCGUCUCCGAAGCCAUGCCGCCGAGACAGGUGGGCAGCAGGGGUCCUGGAGGCACGAAGUCCCGGCACUGUCGAUUCAAGGCCCCCAAGCCGCCAGGAAUACUACCGUCGAUGCAUCACUAGCCGACUCCGUCUCGUCUCCGCAAGCCACGCCACGAGUCUGGCUUCUUGGAGCCCGCGGGAGUCUGUGCAAGCUUAUACGGACAUUGAUGCUGCAAAAGCCCCAAAAUGCCGGCUUUCGGCUGGCGAACCAGGCCGCGAGACUGUCACGGUUCGCUUGAGAACCGAUGGCCUCAAGUCCCAGUUUGCGAGCGAUCCGGCUGAGCUCCUAGGAGCAGCAAGUACCUACAUUCCACGGAGCCGCAGCAGCUCACUGAUCACAAAGAGGUCCUGUAGUGCCGCUUUAACGUAUUUUACCGACGGGGGGGAUUUGGACAGACAACCCGCGACCUGCAGGCAGACCAAACAAGCUGCACGCCUUUCCAAUCUCGAUGAUUCCGUGCAGCAGCCCACCGGUUUAGUCUCUGGAGAUUGGAAUGGAGGAUAUCGGGGGAAAAAGAGGCAUCGAGACCGAGUCAGUGGCGCAGUCGGCGAUGGUAGUGAGAAAGACUCUGAUGAUGGCACUGAAGGGGAUCAUGGGAGAAUGAGGGCAUCCUCUUGCGUCCAACCGUCUGCGCUCAACGACCUCACCGGCCUCCAUAUCUUCAGGUCAGACGCCGCCUUAUCCACUUCAGCUGUCGAUAUCGAGCAGGGCAAGGUCAGCAGCAGUGGGAAUGUCCCACUCUCGGGAAGCGAGCCGCGGCUGUGGUCACUGGAAGAGGAUGGCGAUGAUCUUGUCAAGAACAUGGACUUCACCCCGGAGAAUCCCAACUGGAGACGCAACAGAAAGACUUCCGAUCGCCUGCAUCACAGUACCGGCUACCUGUUUCCCGGCGCCGCCUCCAUGCGACCAGAGGUAGCGGUUCGACCAAAGGGGACGAGCCAAGGUACCUCCUGA